UCAUCGUCCUUUGUUAUUAUUGGUUCUAAGAUUAAAAAAAUCUUUUUCUAUAGAUAGAAAGAGAAAUAUACCAUGGCGGUGUAUUAUAAAUUUAAGAGUGCAAGAGAUUAUGAUUCAAUUCCCAUGGACGGUCCUUUCAUCUCUGUUGGUACUUUGAAAGAAAAAAUAUUUGAAUCCAAGCAUUUAGGGAGGGGUACUGAUUUCGACCUUGUGGUCACCAACGCCCAGACCAAUGAAGAAUAUCUUGAUGAAGAAAUGUUGAUUCCUAAAAAUACCUCAGUGUUAAUUCGUCGGGUUCCAGGACGGCCACGUUUACCAAUUGUUACUGAAAUAGAACAAAAGGUGGAAAAUAAGGUGGUGGAAUCUGAACCUGAAAACAGAAGCUUACCAGCUGAAGAUCCAUCUGCCAUGAAAUAUCCUGAAGAUUCAGACUGGGAUGAAUUUGGCAAUGAUUUGUAUUCAAUUCCUGAUCAAGUGCCUGUUCAAUCAAGCAACUUAAUUCCAGAGGCUCCUCCUCCCAACAAAGCUGAUGAAGACAGUAAGAUUAAAGCCUUUGUUGAUACUCCAGCCUUGGAUUGGCAACGUCAAGGUUCAGAUUUUGGCACUGGUAGAGGCUUUGGAAGGGGUACAGGGGGACGGAUGGGUGGUGGACGUGGUUUUGGGAUGGAGCGAAAAACACCUCCACAAGGCUAUGUAUGCCACAGAUGCAAGGUGCCUGGACAUUUUAUUCAGCACUGUCCUACAAAUGGUGACCCGAAUUAUGACAUGAGAAAAGUCAAGCAACCUACUGGUAUUCCAAGAUCCAUGCUGAUGGUAAAUCCACAAGGUUCCUAUGCUUUACCUAAUGGUUCAGUAGCUGUCUUGAAGCCAAAUGAGGCUGCUUUUGAGAAAGAAAUAGAAGGGAUGCCAUCAACACGUUCUGUUGGGGAACUACCACCCGAGCUCCGCUGUCCCUUAUGUAAUGAUGUUAUGAAAGAUGCUGUACUGACAAGCAAGUGUUGCUUUAAAAGCUUUUGUGACAGAUGUAUUAGGGACUAUAUUAUCUCCAAGUCUAUCUGUGUAUGUGGUGCAACAAAUAUUCUUGCAGAUGAUCUCUUACCAAAUAAGACAUUACGAGAUACCAUCAAUCGUAUAUUGGAGUCAGGCAAUAGCAGUGCUGAAAAUGCUGGGAGCACUUUCCAAGCUCAAGAUAUGGAGUCUGCUCGCUGUCCGCAGCCUAAGAUUCCAUCCCCAACCUCAUCUGCUGCGUCCAAGGGAGAUCUAAAGGUUUCAUCUGUUAAUGAAAAAACAACAAAUAUACAGGAAACAGCAGAUGAUAGAAAGGCUGUUUCUGCUCCACAGCAGACAUCAGAGCAAGUAAGGAACCCCAGAGCUGCUGAUAUAUCCGAAGCUACUCACGAGUCUAUGAGUGUGAAGGAACCAGCCUCACAAGGGAGUGCUCAGCAGGUUGAGGAAGAAGUGCAGCAAAAGUUGGUUCCUACUGAGGCUGGAAAGAAAAAGAAAAAGAAGAAAGUUCGUUUGCCCCCAAAUGAUUUGCAGUGGAAAACCCCACAUGACUUUGGGGCUGAGAACUAUAUGAUGAAUAAUAUGAUGCCAAUGGUUCCACCUCCUGGCUAUAAUUCGUACUGGAAUGGCAUGCAACCUAUGGAUGGAUUUAUGGCACCGUAUGGUAAUCCAAUGCAAAUGAUGGGUUAUGGUCUGGGCCCCUUGGACAUGCCAUUUGGUGGUAUGCCACAAGACCCAUUUGGCAUGCAAGGUUACAUGAUGCCUGGUUUCCCGCCUCAUAGGGAUCUUGCUGACUUCAGUAUGGGAAUGAAUGUUCCACCUCCUGUAAUGAGUAGAGAGGAGUUUGAAGCCCGGAAAGCUGAUAUGAGGAGGAAGCGUGAAAAUGAUAGACGUCCUGAAAGGGACUUCUCUAAAGAUCGAGACUUUGGUAGGGAAGUGAGCAGUGUUGGGGAUGUUUCUUCAAUGAAAUCAAAAACUAGGUCAAUUCCACCGUCCUCGGGUAGCGAUUACCAUCAGCCCCGUUUCCGUUCAGAGCGACACUCACCUGAUAGGUCUCCGCGCGAUGUGGAACCUCCACCUCCACGCCCAACCAAGAGAAAGUUAGAGCACCACUCCGAUCGCGAACGCGAAGACAGGGAUCGCGACUAUGAGCACGAGCGCCACCACCGCCGUCACCGAUCGGAAUCCUCAUCCAGAAGGUCAUCGGAACCAGUCGCCAAACCUUCAUCCAAUGCCGCUGCUGCUGCUGCUGCAGCAGCAGCAGCAGCAGCGGCAGCAGCCGCGGAUCGCAAGCAGAAGGCCAGCGUGUUCUCCCGCAUAAGCUUUCCUGCUGAAGAGGAACCUCCUAAGAAGAGAAAAGUCACCGCUUCUUCCACAACGGAACCAGCCGCUACCGCCGCCGCACCCAGUGCCUCUUCGGCACACCUAAAGACAGUGUCGAACGGUUACUACGAAGGGAGGAAGAGUAGCGGCGUGGCGGACUACGAAUCCAGUGACGACGAGCGGCACUUUAAACGGAGGCCGUCGAGGUACGAGCCGUCGCCUCCGCCGCAGCCGGCGGAGUGGGAGGAGGAAGGGAGGCAUUCGAGAGGAACGAGGGAGCGCAAGCAUAGGUGAGUGGCAAUUUUGAUAGGCAGCCAAGGACGAAGGAAACGGACACCGAGAGACGACCAGACUCAACUUGUCUCUUCCGAACCUUGAAAUAAACUUCUUGUUCUUUGAAGGAAGGGAAUUUCAAUGUAACUUUGCUGCUGUGACUGAAUCCCGUCAAUUUUCAAUAAUUUCUCCAUGUAAAAUUAUAACUGUUUUAUUCAAAUCUAAUUAAUUGCUACCACCUCCUGCCUUUUCUCUUUC